AUGCAGCUCCCAGCCCUCCUCUCCCUCUCCGCCGUCCUCGGCCUCGCCGGCGCGCACAUGCAAAUGACCAGCCCCGCGCCCUUCCGCUCCAAGUACAACCCCUACACCACCAGCGUCGACUAUGACAUGAACUCCCCGCUCUUCGCCAACGGUGCCAACUUCCCCUGCAAGGGCUACCACUCCCUCCUCAACACCCCGCAGGGCCGCUCCGUCGCCACCUGGCGCGCCGGCGGCCGCUACUCGCUCUCCGUCGAGGGCACCGCCACCCACAACGGCGGCAGCUGCCAGGCCUCGCUCUCCUACGACGGCGGGCGCACCUUCUUCGCCAUCCACUCGUUCGUCGGCGGGUGCCCGCUGACGCCGACGUGGGACUUUACGCUGCCCGACGACGCGCCGGCGGGCGAGGCGCUGUUCGCGUGGUCCUGGUUCAACAACAUCGGGAACAGGGAGAUGUACAUGAACUGCGCGCACGUCACCAUCCAGCCGCGCGGCGUGGCCGCCCGCGAGGAGCAGGAGGAGGAGGAGGAGGACGUGUCGCUCGUGGGCAGGGCGCCGUCGGACCCGUUCCGGUCCCGCCCGCGCAUGUUCGUGGCCAACGUGGCCAACGGCUGCUCGACCGUGGAGGGGUCCGACGUGCUCUUCCCGAACCCCGGCCCGGACGUUGAUAACAUCUCCCGCCGGACCGCGGCCCCGCGCGGCACCUGCCCCUUCUAG